AUGUCGUCCGCCGCUACUAAGAUGAUCCGGAGGAAGAAGAAUGUCAAGAAGGGUAUCCAGUUCUGCUUGAUGGUCUGCGGUGCCUCUGGAACUGGCCGAACCACCUUCGUCAAUACUCUGUGCAACAAGGAUGUGCUCACGCAUAAGAAUGCCGACGAUCCCACCGAUGCUCACGUUGAGGAUGGCGUCAAGAUUAAGCCCGUCACCGUUGAGCUCGAGCUCGACGAAGAGGGUACCCGUAUUUCUCUGACCAUUGUCGAUACCCCUGGAUUUGGUGACCAGAUCGACAACGAAGCUAGUUUCUCAGAGAUUGUUGGAUACCUCGAGAGACAAUAUGAUGACAUCUUGGCCGAGGAGUCUCGUAUCAAGCGAAACCCCCGAUUCAGAGACAACCGUGUCCACGCUAUGCUCUACUUCAUCACUCCUACUGGCCAUGGCCUGCGAGAACUCGAUAUCGAGCUCAUGAAGCGCCUCGCUCCCCGAUGCAACGUCAUUCCCGUUAUCGGUCGUGCCGACUCCCUGACCCCUGCCGAGUUAGCUGAGUCGAAGAAGCUCGUCAUGGAGGAUAUCGAGCACUAUCGCAUCCCCGUUUACAACUUCCCCUACGAUAUUGAGGAGGAUGAUGAGGAUACCGUCGAGGAAAACGCUGAGCUCCGUGGUCUCAUGCCCUUCGCCAUUGUCGGUUCCGAGGACGUCGUUGAGAUUGGUGGCCGCAAGGUUCGCGCUCGUCAAUACCCUUGGGGUGUUGUUGAGGUUGACAACCCUCGCCACUCUGACUUCCUCGCUAUUCGAUCUGCUCUCCUCCACAGCCACUUGGCUGAUCUCAAGGAAAUUACUCACGACUUCCUGUACGAAAACUACCGUACCGAGAAGCUGUCCAAGAGCGUGGACGGCGCUGCUGGAAACAUCGACAGCUCCAUGAACCCUGAGGACCUUGCCUCACAGUCCGUCCGUCUCAAGGAAGAGCAGCUCCGACGAGAGGAAGAGAAACUGCGUGAAAUCGAGCUCAAGGUCCAGCGCGAAAUUAACGAGAAGCGACAGGAGCUUUUGGCUCGUGAGUCACAGCUUCGAGAGAUCGAGGCCCGUAUGGCACGGGAAGCUUCUGCUGCUUCCAUGAGCGCGCCUGCCGAGGCCAACGGCGACCACGAAGCCUAA